AUGGUAGAAGACGGGCUACGGCCCUUAGGCUCCUGUAUUCCUCCUAAUACCUGGGUAUGGGUAGCCCCUGCUCGUUAUCCUCUGGGGGCCCCUCAGUGUGGCCCUCAGAGGGGGCCCCAAAUAGACCCUAGGGGGGGCCCCCGCCGUCUUGUGCGGCUUCUAGCCAUUCCGUCUAGACCCGAGGACCCUACUGGGGGCCCCUGUCGCUGUUGGCUGGGGGCCCUUUCAGUACCCAAGGGGAAGUGGAGGGGGCCCCCAAUAGGGGCCCCCUCCCCUACUGCCUCUGUAGGAGAGGAAACAAAGGGUCCCCCCGUCAAUGGUGUUUUAUCUACAACCUCUCCUCACAGUCACCCCCCGGAGGUCUCCAAGGGGGCCCCCCAAGGUGCCCCUGGGGCCCCGGCUGAGGGGCCCUCCGAGGGGCCCACUGAGCUUCCUUGUAUAUUUUUGCCUGGGGGGGUACUGCAUAGUCUAGGUGUAUCUGCAGGAGGAGAAAUAAAUGUAUGGGAGGCAAAGGACAUUAUUAAUAGGUCCAGUGGUUCGUCUUUGCCUCCUCCCUUCCGUGGUUUACCUAUAGCUCGUCGUUGUCAGCUGCAGCAACUGUACCCUCCAAAUAUAGACACGUGGGCCCCCUUGGGGGCCCCCAAUGGGGGGGGCCCCCUCUAUCCUUCUUCCUCCUUAGAGGCAAAAGGAGACACCCAAGAUGUCCUCGUAGACUUCUUCUGCGUCCCCCGUCUCCUUUCUCUUGGAGACACGUUUGCUGUAUUAAAGGUCCCCUAUAGGUAUGGGGCCCCCUCCGCCGGUUGCCCCUGCAGUGGGGGGGGCCCCCAAGAGGCCCUCCCGGAAGGGGCCCCCAAGGUUGACCCACAAGGGGCCCCCAACAGGUCGGGGGGCCCUGUAGGGGCCCCCGCUAACUGUCCCUGUUGUUUGUCUCUGCAUGAGGUAGAGCAUGCAGAGCGGUAUGGUCAGGGGGGCCCCCGUUGCAUGCGUUUAAGGUCUCGUUUAUUGCUGAAGGAAAACAGGUGCCCUUCUUGGGGGCCCCUCUUUGUUGAGGGGCCUAUAGGGGCCCCCAGUGUCUCUAAUGGGCCCACAGAGCUCGGGGACCCUCCCCAGGGGGACCCCCGGGAUAAUGGGGAGGAACCACGUAAAGAAGGAGGAGCAGCAGAAGGACAUGAGGGGGCUCCUUCCCCAUCUAAGCGUCUCCUGCAACGGCCCCCAACACAAAGGGUACUGGAGCGAUCCCCUUGUUUCAGCAGGGGGGCCCCAAGGGGGGCCCCACUAUGCCAUUGGGGCCCCGCAGAUGCUGUAUUCGGAUGGGGAGCUGCAGAGACACUCCAUGACGUUGCGUUCGUCUUUCGUGUUUCUCUCUUAGAGACUAAUCAAGACCCUACAGGGGGGCCCCCAGGCGAAGGGGGCCCCCCAGGGGCCCCCCAAGGGGGCCGCAACACCCCCUUGUGCGCGGUUGUUGUUAGAGACGGAACAGAUCUCUUGCUGCAGGAGGCCCCUAUCAGAGGGGCCCCCCCACCGUUCUUAGUGUCUCCUUUAGCAGCAAGAGGAGACAGAGGAAGUCUUCUACUAUGCGGAGACACAAAGUGUGGGGCCCUUUUCUUAUUGAGACGUGUAUGUGAUACAUUAGGCCUUAAUUGUCUCUCCCUUAAUUGUGCUGCACUGUCUCCUGCUGCAGCGGGAGCAGCAGCAGCAGCAGCAAAGGGUAUAGUGCAUGCAGAUGGGUCUGUUGCCCCUGGUGGCAAUAGUGCCCUCUCUGCUGCUCUUGUAGAGGGGGCCCACCGGGGGGGCCCCUGCGUCAUCUUGCUGCAGAACCUUACUACCCUAAUGGAGGCCCCAGGGGCCCCCUCUUCUCGUCAAGAUAGAUUAGAUGCUCUCUUAGCUGCUCAUUUACGUUGGUUUUUGGGGCCCCACAGGCAGAUAGGAGGGGUCGCCUGGUCUGAGGUUGGUGGGGGCCCCCUGGGGGGCCCCCAGGGGGCCCCCGUGGUAGUAGUAGGGGUAUGUGAGGGUACAGGAGACAAAGGAGGAGACAAUUUACUAAAAGAAUUAAGAAAUGCCUUUGAGGUAAUUGUGUCUAUUAAUAGACCUGAUGAGGAGACAAGAGAAAUA